GCUCUGCGCUCGUCCGAAGCGACGGGACCGGAAACCGAGGAUAAUAAUAUCACACAUCAGAAAGACAGAACGGAACCUGCAACCGACUAAAAUACACAUAAACAAGGAAUAACAAACAAGUCUCUCACUGUCUCCCACCCACCACUGCGACCUGUAUGCUCUAGUCGGCUGGCCCUCGCUACAUAUUCGACGCCAGACCCACUGGCUCCAGGUCAUCUACAUGUCCAUGCUAGAAUGGUGACUGACGUGCAGCUGGCCAUCUUUGCCAACAUGUUGGGUGUGUCUCUGUUCCUGCUGGUGGUUCUAUAUCACUAUGUAGCUGUCAACAACCCCAAGAAACUGGAGUAGAACUGGUUUUUCCAGAGAGGAGGAGAGAUGGAGGUGGCUGAAGAGGACCAUCGAGAGUAGCAGUCAGGUGCCAUACCUCUGCUUGCAUUAGUGCUGUCUCAUUCUGUGCAGGUGUUUUCUAAUAAAAUGACUCUACAAACA